AUGCGCGGGGGCUGCGCGGCGGCGGUGGUGGUGGCCGUGGCCGUGCCCUGGCUGGCCCUGCUGGCCCUGGCCCGGCAGCCCCCCGAGAAGCCGUCGGCCACCCCCCUGCUCACCCGCCGGCCCUUCCUGGUGGCCUGGAACGUGCCCACCCAGGACUGCAAGCCCCGCUUCCAGGUGGCCCUCGACUUCAGCCUCUUUGACCUGCACGCCUCCCCCAACGAGGGCUUCGUGGGGCAGAACCUCACCAUCUUCUACAAGGAGCGCCUGGGGCUCUACCCUUACUACACCAGCCAGGGGGUGGCCGUCAACGGCGGCGUCCCCCAAAAGAGCAGCCUGUCCGAGCACCUCGCCCGCCUCCAGGAUGGCAUCGGCAAGUACAUCCCCUCGCCCACCAAGGAGGGGCUGUUUGAGUUUGAGUCGGCCGCCCAGCAGUUCAUGGUGAGCACCCUGCGCGUGGCCAAGAGCUUCCGCCCCAAGCAGGUCUGGGGGUACUACCUCUUCCCGGACUGCUACAACCACGACUACAGCAAGAACAAGGAGAGCUACACCGGGCAGUGCCCAGACGUGGAGAAGACACGCAAUGACCAGCUGGCAUGGCUCUGGAAGGAGAGUACGGCUCUCUACCCCUCCAUCUACCUCGACGUGCUCCUGGCAUCCACUCCCAACAGCCGUAAGUUUGUGCGGGCACGGGUGAUGGAGGCCAUGCGCAUCUCGCAGCAGCACCACGAUGGCUACUCCCUGCCCGUCUUCGUCUACACCCGGCCCACCUACAUCCGCAAGCUGGACGUGCUCAGCCAGCCAGACCUGAUCUCCACCAUUGGAGAGAGUGCAGCGCUAGGUGCAGCUGGGGCCAUUUUCUGGGGCGAUGCGGACUUCACCAAAAACCGGGACUCAUGCCAGAUCCUCAAGGACUACCUGGAGGAGGACUUGGGCCGCUACAUUGUGAAUGUCACGACAGCGGCGCAGCUCUGCAGCACAGCGCUGUGCCAGGGCAGGGGCCGCUGCCUGCGCCAGGACAGCACUGCCGAUGUCUUCCUCCACCUCAACUCCACCAGCUUCCAGUUGCGGCGCCGGGAUGGGGACCACCCCCAGCAGCCUCUCUUCUGGGCUGAGGGCCAGCUGUCCUCUGCUGACAUCCUCUUCCUACGGACCCACUUCCAUUGCCACUGCUACCAGGGCUGGCAGGGCAGCAGCUGUCAGGUGCCUGCCGGCCCCCGCAGUCAUGCCCCAGACCCGCUGGCACCGCUGGGACUUGGGGUGCUGUUGCUGUUUGUAAGCUGGCGCUAA